AACUAGCAUUUUUAGCAUUUUUAAGCGACAUAAAAUAAUCUGAUUUUGUGACGAGUAUAGCAAUGGUGCUUGGAGACCAACAGAGUCCAGUCACAGCAGCCAUGAGUUCAUCGAUUCCUCCCACGCCACAUGCUCCUACUGUGCAAGAUAUAAUGGAAGUGCCCUCCGUAUACGACAACAUAUACCAGGCGGGAAACAUGCACAUGCCGGGAGCAAGAGCGACUCAUGCCGGUCAUUACUCUCUCGACUAUCCGAGCGCUGCCGCAGCGGCAACUACGAAUCCCUAUCUAUGGGCGGGUAUAGGUGCUGCGAAUCCGUAUAAUAGCCCGUCGGCAGCAGCGUAUUUGCAAAGUUACAAUCAUCAUACUCACCAUCAUGCUGCAGCCGUUGCAAACCAAAGAUCUAUUUUUGGACCCCAUCACCAUCCACACGCUACAGCAGCAGGAGGAUUUGGUUCUGACUUUCCUUGGCUUUCGCUAUCAACGCAAACUGAACUUUUUAAGAUGGUGCGACCUCCAUAUUCGUAUUCAGCGUUAAUAGCAAUGGCGAUUCAAAAUUCCAAAGAAAAGAAACUGACGUUGGCUCACAUUUACCAAUAUGUGGCUGACAAUUUUCCUUUCUACAAACGCAGCAGAGCGGGAUGGCAGAAUUCUAUAAGGCAUAACUUGUCAUUGAAUGAUUGUUUCAAGAAGCUUCCCAGAGAUGAAGAUGAUCCAGGGAAGGGAAACUAUUGGAGCUUAGACCCAAACUGUGAGAAGAUGUUCGACAAUGGGAAUUUCAGGAGACGGAGAAAAAGACGGGAUCAAAGUCAAGGAUCUGAUGGAAAAUCGGAAAGGCCUCAUGAUUUCAAUUUGCCGCAUAUCCCACAUCAUUUUUCUACUGCGGUAUCGCUGGCGGCAUCCUCUCUUUCAGAUAGAUUUAUGUACGAUUCCCCAAGUUCUACGACAGCAACGACGGCUGCCCCCUCCGUAUCGGGAUAUUACAACUCUACUGAAGUUUCUUCUGAUCAUACGGAUCACGUUACUCCUCAUCACCAACAAAAUGGACAUCAACACCACUCGAGGGCGCACACGUCACCACUGCACUCUAGUCCAACUGGAAUUGGUAUGAAAGCUGCAGAAUCUAUGUCUGAUAUCUCGUCUCCUCCUAACUCGGCUUCAGAGGGAUCUGCGGUCGAUAUGACUCCCAACAACAUAGGCCAACAACACAGAUACAGUAUUGGACACGAAAAUGCACUUGCUUCUCAAAUGCCAAAUGAAUCAGUGGAAGGUCGAGGUUUAACUUCUGCAACAGCAAGUGCAAUGCUCUCGAAUGGUUCGCGUCUGGUCGGCAACCAAGUCGGCACAGACUAUCAAUCUUCGGGACAAUCUCAAGCCGCCUAUGAUUCCCGCUACUCUGCCUUUUACAAUUCAGGUUCAAACGCUGGCUAUUACCCACAGUCAUCAUCUCUGAACUAUUCGAUGUCGGGCGGUUCAAAUACAGACGUACACGGACAAUAUGCGCACCACUAUCCUCCCAACAAUUUCAGUGUUAAUCACCUUAUACAACGAUUCCCAAAAGUUUAAAAAAAAGAUUUAAACAUUUGUACUUCUGUUCCAGAUAUCAUCUUCUGGUGUUUGUUUAUUUCCUCUAUUUCAUAUUUUUAAUAACCUCAAUGGAAUAUUGUUGUUGUUCAUAGUGUUAUUCAUUCAAAUACAUAGUGCAUGAGGUGCCAGAUUGGGCAAGUUCUAUCAAACAAGUUGUAAAUGGGUUAAUUUCGGUUGAUCCGAACCCCAAACAAUUGAGGUACGCUAAAGAUCUUUAUAUGGAGAUCCGAAGUAUGUCCAAAAUCUGAAUUAAAAUAAUCACUCUGCUAUAGUUUGUGGCAGUGUGUGUGAUAUGUUCCAAAAAUUGUUGUCUAGAAAUAUUUUGUGACAUAGAUUUUGAUUUUUUAUAUAAAAAAAAAACUCAAUCCCACAUUCCCCAUCCUACAAAUUGGUUUCAAACCAUUCCAGAAAAAGCCUCCAAAAUUCACAUUUGCUUAUUUUGUUCAGGUAUUUGUAACAUCAGAUAAACUGAUAUGUUCCAACCUAUGAUACAUAUAUAUUUAUUAAAAUAAAUAAAAAUGGAGAUGACCCCCACGCGGUUCAUUAGUUCUUUCUCAUAUUGAAAUACGAUAACAAGUUGAGUUUAUCGUUAUUUGAAAAUAAUAGGCUCAGCCUAUAUUGUCAAAUUGGCCGAUAAAGCCGUGUAACUCUCACUGAAACUUAGCAGAGGAAGGAUGCAAGAGUUUACUCAAUUUGAUUACCGAGAAAUAUGGGUACAAUUACGUAUCUUUUACUAUUACAUGACUGAAUCGUUUAAAUAUAUAUCAAAUAUUGAAUUUCAUAAAAUUUCAUUACACCAUCCAUACCAUAUAGUUUCUCUGUUGCCCCGUGAUCUGCCUCGUCACGGUUCAUUUGAAUUUCUGACCCUUAACGAAAUAUUGAAUUACUUUUUGAUAUGUUCUGGUUGCAAUAUGGUUGUUAUUGAUACGGGCAGAACCGAAUAGAGCCUCAAGUAGUGGUUGCCAAUGGACUGCUUCACUACUGAUCAGUCAUAUGAUAAUUAUAUUUGAAUAUAUACAAGAAACAAUAUUGAGUAUUACCUGAAUUAAUACUGAGCUGAAUAUUUCAAAUUGCCAUAAAAAUAAAAUUUAUUUGUUAUCUUAAUAAA